GAUGCAUGAUCCUUUCCUCACCUUGGUUCUCCUGGGUCUCCCCCUGGGUGGCGAGUGGCCGUCUGAUCUGCAGGGACUCUGAGCCGGUAGCUGUUGCCCGCCCAGAACAAGCGCGGGAGGUUGGAUGUUUUGGGGUCCCGGCGUUCCCCUCUUCCCACCUUGGGUUCCUCUGAGCUGCAAGCUCCCUUCUCCCCAGCCUCCAGCGCUGGAUUGGGAGCCUGGCGGGGGGCAUCCCAAGACCCAAGUCCCCGGCCAAGCCGGUCUUUCCAGACAAGGUGAUUUUCGUUUAAAGAUUAAUGAUGAGCACUGGUGCUAUGAGAUCCAGGCCAAGGAGCCCAACAGCAAUUGCAAGGGACCUUCCCUAUGGACUGGGGACUGUCAGAAGAACCACCAGUCCCCCAUCAACAUCGUCACCAAGGAGGCAAAGGUGAACCCCAACCUGAAGCCCUUUGCCUUCUUUGGCUAUGACCAAAAGAACAAGUGGGAAGUCAAGAACGAUGGACACUCAGUGAAAAUGAUGCUGGGGAACGGGAGCUUCAUCACUGGAGGAGACCUGCCUGCAAAGUACCAGGCUGUGCAGUUGCACCUGCACUGGUCACAGGAUUUGAACAAAGGCUCAGAACACAGCAUCGACGGGAAACACUUUGCUAUGGAGAUGCACAUCGUACAUGAGAAGGGGACAUCAAGCAACACAGUUGAGGACUCCAAGGACAAGAAUGCAGUGCUGGCAUUCAUGAUUGAGGUGGGAGAUGAGGAGAACAAGGCCUUCCAGCCCCUGGUGGAGGCGCUAUCCCGUAUCUCCAAACCCAGUACAAACACCACAAUGAAUGAGAUCUCCCUGGAGGACAUGCUUCCUAAGAAGGAGAAACUGGUUCACUACUUCCGUUACCUGGGCUCGCUGACCACGCCAACCUGUGAUGAGACGGUUGUCUGGACUGUGUUCGAGGAGCCCAUUAAGCUCCACAAGGACCAGUUCCUGGAAUUCUCCAAGAGGCUCUUCUACGAUGAAGAACAGAAGUUCGUUAUGAAGGACAACGUGAGGCCCCUGCAGCAACUAGGAGACCGCCAGGUGUUCAGGUCCCAUGCCCCAGGACAACUGCUGGCUUUGCCCCUGCCUACCCUGGUGGUCCCUACACUCACCUGCCUGCUGGCCGGCUUCCUCCAGUGAUGGACCGCUUCUGAAUAUGUGACCUCUGACCUCAGCCUUUAGAGGAUACGGCUUCACUUUCCUAGACUUGCAGGUUGGAUUUUGGGGAUUAUUAAAGUACGGGUACCUGGCCGUGGAGGCACGCACCUUUAAUCCCAGCACUGGUGGGGGCAGAGACAUGUGGAUAUCUGAGACGAGCUCAGCCUGUUCUCCAUAGGGAAUUCUAGGCCAACCAGGGUUGGUUACCAAGGGAGACCCUGACCUUCAGGCCCUACCCACAACUAAACAAAAUAAAAUAUGCAUAUAUUUU